GACAAACAAAGCACUAUUGGUGUCCUCUGCAAGAGAGCACUGAUAGGGGGCUGGCUGUAAAUUGACGUGGCAUGGAAAAUCUCUGCUAGUUUGUAGCAGCUCUAACAUUGCUGCGAAAUCAAGCCUAGGCUUACCAAGUCUGUAGCUUGAAAACAUCACAGGCUUACUGUUUCUGUAUAGAAAAUGAAUGGAAAGUACCUUCACUUUUCGAUGUGGGAACCGGACUUCUUCUUUAUUUGGAUUUACGGCUAGUACAAAACAAAAUCGAAGGGAAUUAUUUGGUUACCUUUUUUUUUCCCCCCCUGUAGUGAGAGCGACAGAUCUUGCUGCUCCCCCCACCUCUUCCUGCGAUUUAAUCAUUUGCAGAUCUUGCCAUGGGGUGCGGACUGAGAAAGCUGGAAGACCCAGAUGAUAGCAGCCCUGGAAAAAUCUUUUCUACACUGAAGAGACCACAAGUUGAGACAAAGACAGAUUCUGCUUAUGAAUAUGUAUUGCUGGAUUUUACUUUAGAAGCUUCCUCAAAUCCAGAAGUUAUCAAGAUCAGUUCUGUGUUGGAUAUAGCAUCUAAGGUGGAAGAAUAUUACAGCAAAGGAUAUGUUGUAGGAGCUGUUCAUCCUAUUAUACUGCCAAUUGGACGUAGAAGGAGUUUCCCUGCAAGUCACAUGUAUCGAGUGGUACUUUCACGAUUAAAAUUAAGCCAGAAGCAUGCAGCACCCAGAGGACAAAGGCACCCCAGGCUGGUGAUUGAGGAAUGUCCUUUAAUGUAUGAAACACUGACAAAUGAGGUAGUGAAAGAACUGUUAGAAAAGGUUAAUGAAGCUGCUAAAAGAGGAAAGAAAUUUGUGGGAUUUGUAACGCAACAUUUUCCUCAAACUAAAGCCUGUAAUGGAACAAGCACAGAUGGAAGUGCAGAGCUGGAAUCAACACUGGGAAGAAGAAAUAGGGAACAGAGAAGAAGAAAUUCUGAUGAAAACUUUAAAAACUGGAACGAAGGGACAUUGAGUGGCCACUCAUCUGAGAGUGGGAUAGAGGAGGAAAUGCAAGGAGAAAGCGGUCUGUUACAGGAUGCAGAUUUCCAGUUUGGAAAAGAAGCCAGCCCUGUUAAACCACGAAAAGGAGACGACAAGCUAUAUACAGUCUUCAAUGUUUUCGAUGACGAUUCUACCUGCUGGACCUAUCAUGAAGGCGUUUUGUCUAUGAAAGUAACAAGAAAGGGGCCGGUUAUUAGUACACUGGAAGCAGACUGGCUAGAAUUAACCACAUUUUAUUAUAAACAAGGAUUGUCCUUAAUUGAUUCUUUUGUACACUGGGAAACUUCUAAAGGGGACCAUUUGCCCAAAUCUUUAGAAGGAUUGUUUAUCUACGAAGAAGAAGGUGCUGGGGUUCCAGGUUCUAACAGGAAAGGAAAUGAUGCAAUAGUUGUUGAACAAUGGACAGUCAUUGAGGGGUGUGAAAUUAAAACAGAUUAUGGACCUUUAUUGCACACGCUGGCUGAGUUUGGAUGGCUCCUGACCUGUGUCCUGCCUACACCCAUCGUACGACAUGACAGUGAAGGAAAUCUGGCCACAAAGCAAGUUGUUUUUCUUCAAAGACCUGUUAUGUGGAAUUUUGCUGUCCAGACACCAGAGAAGAAAUCCUUAAGACAAGUUAUUGGGGAGGAAAAAGGCAAAGUCUCUAGCAGAAGUGUUGGAUUAGACACAGCGACUUCUCGCCCUGUAGAAACCGGACAACCAUCUGAUGAGUUUCACCUCUCUCCUUCUAAACAAUGUUGGGUCAAGGAGGGAUCCUCCCAGUAUGGAGGCUUUCCAGGGUUCAGAAGCAGUGAUGGAGUAUUAAGGGAACUGGAUGACGGACAAUUUGACCAGGAAGAUGGAGUCACUCAGGUCACAUGUAUGUGAUAAAGGCUACAUUCAGGCUCUGUAUUGAAAAAAAAAAAAACAAAAUACAGUCCUUCACCUGGGGAAAAACAAAGUCAACCUGACAGGAGCCAAGACAGAGAUCUGUAAAGUGAGUGGCAUGGAGAGGGUAGCAAAGGAAUAAAUUCCUCAGCAUUCUUUUUUUGAUACACGAACUCAAGGGAAUCAUGGAGGUGGUAAGUAGCAGGUUUGAAACAAAUCAAGGUACCUGUUCAGCUAACUGUAGAACUCCUUGCUGCAGGAUGCUGUGUAUAAAACUACAUGGAUUUAAAAGGUGACUGAAAAAUUCCUGAAAGGAAAAAAAAUCGCCCUGUUCUCUCUGAAAGUCAUGGAACCAGAAAGUGUUGGACACUGUGAAAGCCGGUCUGACUGCCGGCAUGCUUAUUCUGUUCUUCGGAUUAUUGUAAGCACCGUUGCUUCAUCCCUGGUGGGCACGUAGCAGAGAGCGUUCUCCUGCUGCAAGGCCUUCUGUCAAAAAUCAGGGAGAGUAAGUUGCUUGCUCAGCCUGUGUGAAGACUGUGCAAGAAUUAGCUGACUUCACGCGCUAGCUGAUGGACACAGAAUAAACCACCCGUCUUCCUAGGGCGUGGAUGCUGAAACAGAAGUAACUGAAAAUGCUUCUAAAACAAAUGAUGGAAAAUCUUCUUUCUUCGUAGUUAAAAAUUCUGAAAGCCAACUAUAUCCUAUUUGGAAAAGUGAAAAGGGGAGGGUGCAUUUUGGGUAUAGGGGAUUCUAGUUUAAGCUACUUGUUUCAUCACCUGGUCUUACACAAACUAGAGCAUUGAGGUAUGCCUUUAUUAGUAUUGUGACCAGCACUGUCCAUUAAUUAAACUUAAAUCUGUAAAUCAGAAGAGCUGUCAGAGUAAUUCUGGCAAGAUUUUUUUGUAUGCUCCUAUUUUACAUAUAUAUAUAUAUACACACACACGGUUCAGUUUUCAUUUUACCAGACUGUAUUUUACAUACUCAUCUUUUUAUUGAAAGAAUGGCGAAUCAAACUUAAAGCACGGAUGUGUUCUCCGACAGAAAAAGUAAGUACACUUAUUUAUUCAGUAACAGGGCUUCAGUUAGGAGGCUGUGUGUCUGAACUGUAACAGCAAAAAGUCCCUUACCUGUAUGUGACAACAGAAAUGCCCUGCAGCUAUUAAAAAGAACAGAGAGAGAAGGCAACCAAUGCUGUUCAUGAACCUCUGCAAAAGACUCUUUAUACUUUCAGAUUCUGAAAUUGUUUGGAGAGGAAAUACUUUUCUAGCAUUUACAACCAGGGAGAAGCUAUCCACCGUAAAGAAAACUUUGUGCUCAUAACUGUCAGGACAGUUUAUUUACAUACCCGGUCAACUGCAAUAAACUGCUGCUUAACUUCUGUGUUUCCGGUCUGUAAAAUACUAUUUUCUUUCUGUAAAGCUAAGAUCUUUUCUGUAUUUCUGAUAGGAAGCUUCUCACCAUUAAAAGCACUUACCACAUCAGCUACCAGUUUCUUUAUUAUGGUUGUCUCACGCUGACAUUAAAUGGGUUAGAUCAAUGUAUACCUUUCCUCAGGCUAGAAUUACCUUUUUGCAGUCUUGUCUGUACAUCCAUACAGCUCACAAGGCAAGGCUUGUUAGACUUACCGCCAUCUAUUACAAGCUGAUUAGGUUUUCCUUGUUCUUAGUGUAUUGAUCUGUGGAAGGUAAAAAGUGCUGUCUUGACAACUCCCUGUGGCUUAAUUUAGAGAAUGGCGUUAGUUAGGGUUUAGACUUUUCAAAGCCAAAUUCCUGUAUCGGAAUUUCGACAACCGGUAUUGCAAUUCAAGAAGCAAACAUUCCUGACUUCAGGUAAGCGUAACUUGAAAGAGACGAAGUGGCUUAGAGGAACCGGUCUGGUGACAUGUUCCGAUCUGUUUAAGCAGAUAAACUUUGACAACAUCUGAGAGAAUUACAAGGAAAGUGGCAAAAUCGCCAUAGCUGACUUGUUGCAAGAUAUGCUAAGCCAAACAUCAGGAAAAACCUCAGUGACUAAGGAGAAAGUCAUUCGAAAGUUAUCCUUUGCUUACAAUAUGCCCUUGCAUCUGUGAUGUGCUGUCAUCGUGUGCUUAUUUUGGUAUCUGAAAGGUCCUCUUCUAGAUCUCCCUUACUCUUUAAUUGUAGAACCAUCAUUUUCUGAUUUGAGAGAUGUGUAAGUUUGAGGUCUGACUUCAAGAUGCUAAUGAGUAUUGUAUUUUUCUACUUUUGAAAGAAGAAAUACAACUUCACUUCAGCACACCUUGUAGCAGAGAUGGGAGAGCACCAAACUUUCUCUUGGAAGCACUCCGUUGCCUGCAUUCUCAGACGACAUGAAAAAUGAGAAUCGCUUACCAAAAUAUAGCGGUAUGGAUAAAGAAACAGUUUAAUUUUAUCCUUCCUUUUUUUUUUUGUUACAAUAUAAUUCAAAGACAGUCUUGAUUUCCCUAUUAUGUAGAGUCUAAAUUAAACCUGUUAAUAUUUAUUAGACAAAUCAACGGUUUGCUUAGGCUAACUGAAGUUUUAUGGUACCAUUCAGGCACAUGUGUGUACACAGUACUCAUGUAAACAAUAGCAAAGGAAAAUACAAGCAGUGUUUCACUUAAGCCUUAUAUAAAAUCAGCUUAGUAUAGCAAGUCAACUUUACAGUGCAAAUCUGAAUGAGAAUAAACAGGAUUAAAACGUCCCGAGUUUCAUUUUGAAGUGAAACUCUUAAAGCAUAAGAGGAAGAGAAGAGGUUUAAAAAUUUAAUGCAGUCCUGAGCACCACAUCGUGUUCUUCAAUUUUGUAGAGGAAAUGUAAUUAGCGACACCAGUUACAUGUUUUUGCCUGUCUCAGUCACCGUGGCCAAUAUAAGCACGCAGCGUGACUGUACGAAGAACCACACCAUGGAUGGUCCAACAGCAGACUGUAA